AUGGCGAGAUCACCCCGAAUUGCGGUGGAUACGGAUAUCUAUAUGCCAGCAAAUUAUGGCGACGAUUGGCAGUCGGAGACAACGUCUAUCGGUUCCUCAAUCUAUCAUGGCCUGAUGGAAAAUGGCAGACGGUAUGGUUUCAUCGUACAUUCCGCGCACUUGGCGCACUUAGCUCAGGCCUUUGCUUACUUCUUAUCCAUUCCUACUAGGCUUCCUUCCGAUGAGCAGGCAUUCGAGUCCUACGAAGCUGCCCAUUUGCUCGCUCUCGUUUUAGAAUCGGAACGAGAGAAUCCGCUUUUUAGAGCACCUAUUGGGAAAAAUGCUAAGCAUAUUCUCGACAUUGGAACGGGUAAAGGCGACUGGGCUAUUGAUGUUGCCGAUAUGCUCCCAUCUGCAACCAUCCGAGGAGUAGAUCUCUUCCCACCCCCCGUUACAUGGGUGCCGCCCAACUGUAUUCUCGAAAUCGACGAUAUCCUAGAAGAAUGGACUUGGAAAGAGCCCCUUGACCUAAUUCACAUGCGGGUUAUGAUCGGCUCAUUUGAUUCCGCGGGAUGGGACCACGUCUACAAAAGCGCUUUUGAAAAUCUACGACCAGGAGGCUGGAUCGAACAACUCGAGAGCAGUCCCUGCAUCGAAUGUGACGACGGCAGCCUGCCAGCAAACAGUAUCCUGCGAGAAUGGGGUCCAAAUAUGAACGCUUGCGGUGCGCGCGCCGGACGCCCGCUGGAAACUAUUGAUACCAUGCGCGGCGCGAUGGAAAAAGCUGGGUUUGUGGAUUUGCACGAGCAGGUAUACAGAUGGCCGAUUGGCCCAUGGGCUCGUGAUAAGAAAUAUAAAGAGGCAGGCGUUGUUAAUUUCCAGCAUUGGCUGUCGGGUAUGGAGGGUUGGUGUAUGUGGUUGCUUACCCAUUUCGGUUCGCCGUCUCCUUGGUCGAAGGAUGAAGUUACUGUUUAUUUGGCCAAGGUUCGUUCGGAGAUUAAGAAUCCAAGAUAUCAUCUUUAUCAGAGAGCACGACGUGUAUGGGCGCGCAAGCCUUUUCCUGGAGAGAUUACGCCCGAGACGACUCAGAUCAAGGAGGAAGAGGCGUAA